GAGACUUCAGGGCACAACACAAAUAAGUUAAUUUAUGCGAGCGCACCCGUGCUUUCGGUUCGGCACGAUACGACACUGCCAUUGCAGGCUUAGUUCUAAAGAAGACCGAUUAGAAAAACCAAAAGAAAAAAAUUGCAAGUGUAAAAGAAAACAGUGAAGAGGGUUUGAUUUCUCUUCAGGGUUUGCGUUUACUUGGAGAGAUUUUUCAUGACGAAGAAGAGGAGAUCAGAUGCCACACGCCUUGAUGAAGUUGACCGCACGAUGUACGCUACCUUCCGUAGCGCCGCCAACUUGCUCUCACAGCUAUACUCGCAGACGAUGAACCACCAGCGCCUUAGCUUUCAUGCCGGAGAGCGUCAUGCGCUGGAGAAACUUUAUCAAUGGAUUUUGAGACGGCAAGAAGAAGGAUCAAGAGUAACAACAGUAGAUAUAGCUGCUUAUCUGCAGAAUGAGCUUGAAUAUGGAGCAGAGGAGCCUCCUAUGUCUCCCAGGUUGCCUAUUCAGCACCAACAUGUUCCCAAUACUUAUAUUCCAUACACGCCACCAGCAGCAGGGCCUGAAGUUCGUUCUGGACAACCAGAUCAUCAAGUGAAGAACUCAGUUUUCUCAAACGCUCUCUCCAGCCCUGUUCGCCGCAGCCUUCAACAUUAUUACUUGACGCCGGGAGUUGACCAAAUGCCAUCGGGAAAUGCUCCUCAGAAUAGUGACAUCAGCAACGUCUAUCAUCAGAACAGGGAUGCCAAUUCUCCGAGUUCUGAAUCCAUGGACAUGCAUCCUGAUAGUCCAGGCCAUGAAUUCCCUUAAUUAAAUUUGUGUUUGGUUUUAAAGCCCCUGUAUCGUUAGGAGCCCUGAAAUUGAAUGCAAAAUGUAGUGCGAGUUUCAUUCUAUUUUCCAGCUAGCAUUUGUUUGUGACCAUAAUAGAGUAAAAAAUUGUGUCCCGUGGAAUACAUUCUUAUGUCUGUCAAUUCAUUAUAUGGAAAACGUAUAUGCAACAAA